AUGCGGGGUCGAGAGAAGACCCAACAGGUAUCUGGGUCUGUUCACGAGCAGCAAGUUGAAAAUGGAUCGGACAAUCCUUGGUGGGAGACUGAAGGAGGAGGUACAUGUACCGGUACGGUACCGUACGGACAAACAAUGGAAGAGUAUGCUGCCCCGCUCCGCCUGGCUGGUGACAUCGUUUCCAAAACUUGGCUCCUUUGCCACCAACGCGGAGAAAGAACCUCUGCUGCAGACAGUGCUCGGCUUCCAAGCCAAGCCUGCGAAAUCAAUCAACGUGGCGACUAUACCGUAUCCACACCGUUUCAUCCUUUGAUGCCCCCCCGAGCUUCCUACAGUGUCAGAUUGUUGCUCAAUGGUCGUCGUUCUUUCAUGCCGUUGGGUUGCAGCGCUUCUGAGGCGGAUCUUUCGCACCAGGAGUAUCCAGGACUCGAUCUUGGGGCAAAAAUCAAAACCUCGAGUUCGAAUGAUUCGAUUCGAACGAUUCAACCAACUCCAUCAUGCAGUUGCGCAUUUUUCUACAACUGUUUCACAAGACCAUUCAAUGCAUGA